AGCGCCGCGCUCAGCACGCCAGACGCUGCCCAGCCGACGCUAUGCCGCCGCGCAGCCGCAACACGACCGCCGCGCUGCGGGUAUCCGCGAUCUUAUGCGUCCUAGCCACGUGGUCGUUGUGCGCAUGCGCCCCGGCCGGCGACGUGGGGGCGGCCGCCACGACCACAGAGGACGACGGGCUGUACAAAGCGCCACCGCCCGGCGAGGACGGGGCCUACCUCCCAGAACCCGAAGAACAGCAGGGAGCAGACGAUGCAGGCGCCUACAUUCCAGAUAAAUACGAGACGGACGAGUCAGUUGGGGAAGGAACUUACGAUGCGAAGAAAUAUGAAACGGUUGAGAGCUUCGACGACGGUAUGUACCACCCACAGGCUGAUCUGGAGGAACACGACGACGGGUCCUACCACCCCGAGAUUGCCGAGAAAACUGUCGGGGACGACGGUUCGUACCACACAGAAAGUGAUGGACAGUCUGUAGGAGAAGACGGAUCGUAUCGGCCCGAGUACGAGAGAAGCGUGGGAGAUGAUGGAUUAUACAAUCCACAACUUUACGAAUCUGUCGUUGGGGACGACGGAGCCUAUCACCCGGACGUUGCCGAAAAAACUGUGGGAGACGAUGGCUUGUAUCAUCCUGACCCAAGCGCGCAUAGUGAAGAUCAUGAAGGUGACUAUAACCCAGAAACGUACGAGAAGGUCGUCGGUGACGACGGUUCUUACCGCAGCACCGAAGAGGAUGACGGAUCGUAUCAGGCAAAUGUCGGCGACAUCUCUCAGGAGGACGAUGGACUAUACCACCCUGAGAUCCAUGAGAGGUCAUUUAGUGAAUCAGACGCUCAGAAGGAGCCUGAGCUUAACGCUGCCAUCCAGCUACAACCGGACGUCUACAAUGGUGUUGUAGACGUGGGGAGGCAAACACCCACCACACGCGUGGGGCGACACGAAAGAGCCGAUAGUUUUCAGUACGGAGCAGCUUCUUACGUCGGCCACAUUGAUACCGUAAGUCACAGCGGGAACUCGGACCCGGAUGGGAUUGGUGGUGCGCUGCGUAAGCCAGGAGCAAACAAGAGAACUGUAAGAGGAACUCAUAGUGAUGUGUACCGUUUACAGACAUUGGAGGAGAAAAUGCAGCAGAGCGACGACGGAGCCUACCACCCGGAAAAGUACGAGACGCCUGCUCCAGAGGCAGCGCAGGACUGGGACAGGUACUGGACGGAGGGGUCGGUGACCGCCGGCGGCGACUGCGCCACGCCCAGCGAAGAAACGUCAGAGGCUUCUGAUGAUGGGUCGUACAGGCCGGAACACCACAAGGGGGAGGACUUCGACGAGCGGGCGGACAGCGGCCAGAACUCGGUGACGCCCCCAGUGGAGCCUACGGAGGCCUCGGACGACGGAUCGUACCGUCCGGAGCAGCACACGGAGACUCCAGCGGAGGACUACGACGAGAGGGCGGACAACGGCACCGACUGGAGGGACAACGUCGUGGAGCAGCACGACGAGGGCACGGAGGCGGCCGACGACGGCUCCUACCGCCCCCAGGAGCACGGAGCGCGCGAGCGCCGGGCCGCCUCGGAGGACACGGAGGAAGUGCAGCUGUCCCCAGUCGUCUUCCACGUGGGGCCCAAGCCGGCCUCUGACGUCAGCGCCAAGGCCAGCGGCAGCGUCAGCGACGAUGACGCCAGCGCUGGUCCCCCACAGUCGGCGAACCUCCCGCUUCCAGCUCCCUCCGUCUGAGGGCAGCACCCGCGACGGCGCGAGUUUCGCUCCGUCCUCCACACACCGCCAGCGAGAGGGCUAGAAUGUAAGCUCUCAGAAGAUAGGGUGGAGUGUAAUACGAACCACAGUGAAGAACUCUUUAUGGAGACAAAAAUUCAAUGUGGAGAAUUUCUUCGUAGGCCUUUUGCUAUUCCACACUUUGAAAAUAAGCUUCACCCCUUAUUCGUGACUGAUAUGUUUGGUAUUGAGGUAGCAGUAUGGCUGCAGUAACCGCAUGGACGCAUUCAAAUUGUUUCCAAUAUGCAUAGCAUAACAUCACGAGAUGGGGGAAUGUUUCCUGACUUUCUUGGAUACUUCUUAUACAUGCCAUUAAUAUUUGAUACAAUAUUGUAUUUUCUUUUGUGUUUCACAGUAUCCUAUUUUGAACAAUAGGCAGUAGACAAAAGAAAGAAUAUUCAAGAGAUAAUGGUGAAAAUAUCCGUACAAUUGUAUUUAAAAUAAUUAUCAUGAGACAAACAAUGCUGUUUCGUCUUUCAAAACAUUGGCAGUCAGCGUUUCUAAUGUCAUUUCAUUUUAAGAUCGGAGAAUCUACUUCAAGAAGACAAUAAAUUGCGAUUUAUUCAUUA